AUGGCAGACGUGCAGCUAGGCCUGUCCGCGGGUAAUCUGGAAGAUACGAGACUAGGUGCUGAGCGAGUGGUAUGGUCGAUCGAGCAGCUUCUGAGGCGAGAGCAGGGUGCGGAGGAGAGGAGGGAUUUGAAGCAGGAGGGUGAUGGUGAUGAUGGCGAAGGGUAUGAUGAGUAUGCGGGUCGGUAUGCGGUGGGAGUGGGGAGCAAGUAUGAUUGA